AUGACGAGACGUUGGCUGAGCUGCGGCUGCGCCAAUGCCAUAUGCUUGUUCCUCGCCCUGCAACCCCUGGCGGCCGCUGCGCGCCACCUGGCCUCCAAGGAGCAAUCCGUGGUGGAUGGCACAGCAGCAGUCCUCUCGAUGGACAGGGAGGAUGGAACGGCCUCGAGGGCCGUCUUUGUGCAAACGGGCAGCGGGGAGCGAGUGCAGGUGCUGGGCAGCAAGCAGGGGCCGCAUGCAGUCCUGCACACGGGCAUGCGGGUGCGCGUCACUGGCAGCUGGCUCGACGGAGCGCCAGCGGGCGGCACGCAAGCGGCGGCCGCUGGCGCGCAGCUGGGGCUGGCACCUCCCCGCCCAGCAAAGGCCGAUCCCGCCAGCAGCCGCGUGCAGCUGCUGCCCAGCAACCCGCUGAUUGAGCGAGAAGUGUCCACACUAGUCAUCCCAGUUUCUGCGGUGACCGCUAGAGGAGGUGCCUGCCCUGGCACCAGCCUGCCCAAGUUCACAGCAGCACAAGUCAGGCGGGCGGUGCUGCAGGAGGCAAACCGCAACGGCACCACCGUGGGCGGCAUCUUCAACCAGUGCUCCUACGGCAAGAGCCGGCUGACAGAGGCAAACAGCCUGGUGGCACCCCUGGUCAAGCUGCCGUGCACGGGCACAAGCAACAAGGUGGUCUGGAGCUUCAACAGAUGCGAGUUUACCGACUUCUACGGCUGGGCUGAUGCUGUCGAUGAGGUGCUGCGGGCGCAGGGGCUGGUGCUGGAGAAGUAUGCACACAGAGUCUACCUCAUGCCCCCCACCUCCACCUGCACCUUUGUGGGUGUGGGCAUGCUGGGCUGCGACGGCUCCGAGCCGUGCCGCGCAUGGAUGGGCGGCGAGUGGUGGGCCUCGCCACCAGCCAUCGCCCACCAGCUCUUCCACAACCUGUACCUGGGCCACGCGAGCGCCGCACAGCCAGGAGGGGUCGACGAGUAUGGCGACGCAACCAGCGGGAUGGGGUUCUGCUGCGAGGGCCGCUGCCCCAACACGCCCCAGGCCUGGCAGAUGGGCUGGCUCACGCUGCAGCAGCUCGACAGCAGCAGCCUGAAGCCGGGGCAGACGGUGCAGCUGCGGCUGGCCAGCCAGGCCGUCUCCUCCCAGACUGGCGCCCGCAUCGAUGUGUCCAGCUGGGUGGCGGGUGUGGACCCCAUCUUUGUGGGCUUCCGCACCGCGGAGCGCGGCGACAAAAACAUGCAAUGGGAUGCAGCGGGCAACGUCCACAUUUACACGGCGGCGAUUGCCAACAACUACGAUGCGCGGCCGUCCAUGUGGCAGGCGUCAUUGGCAGCCGGCCAGUCCUGGUCGCAGCCCGCCUCUGGGGUGGUGGUGCGAUACCGCGGCAUGGCAGGCAGCUCCGCGCUGGUCAGCGUGUGCCGCCGCGGUGGUGCUGAGACAGCGGCCUCGUGCGCUGCCGGUGUUGACUGGGAUUGCAACGGGCUGGCAGGGGGGGCCGACCCCGCCUGCACUUCAAAGCCGUCGGCACGCUGA